AUGGUGGGGUGGGAUCCUAAUGUGGUGGAUGUUAUGAUCCUAUCUCAUUCGGAUCAGGUCAUUCACACCCAGAUUAUGUUUAAGUUGGACCGAAACAGGGAGUUUAAGGAAUGUGUUCAUGACAUUGAAGUGUUUGAUCUCAGUCGGUCAGGCCUUCAGUUUACGUGGACUAACAAUCAGAAAAACCGUGCUACUAUCUUAAAGAAACUCGAUAGGGUUACGGGGAAUGUGUGCUUGAUAGAUGCCUUUCCAGCAACUUCAGCUUAUUUUCUGCCUUACUGUAUAUCUGAUCAUAGCCCUUGUGUAUUGAAGCUGCCUAAUGUGACUCGAGACAAGCCGAAACCGUUCAAGUUUGUUAACUUAAUCGCUGACAAGAGUGGGUUUCUGGAUGUCGUUAAUUCGGUUUGGAGUAGGGAUAUCCAAGGUCAUCGAAUGUUUCAACUGGUGAACAAGCUUAAGCUGCUUAAAACUCCGUUAAGGAAGCUGUUUUUCAAACAAGGGAAUUUACACGAGAAGGUUAACAUGACCAGGAAAGCUUUGGAGGAUUGUCAAAAGGCCAUUGAUAGUGAUCCAUUAAUUGACGUCUUGAAAGACCAGCUGGAUCGAUUGGUGCAUGAUUACAAGGAGGCGGUUAAGGAUGAAGGUUUAUUUUUGAAACAGAAGUCUAAAGUUGAGUGGCUUUCGCUGGGGGAUUCUAAUUCUAAGUUUUUUCAUAACGUUAUCAAAGCCAAGAACCAUCGGAGCCGCAUUUUUACUAUUAGAGACGGUGGCGGUAUCUUGCAUGAAGGCGGUAUGGUUCCACAAGUUCUGGUUGAUCAUUAUAUGGAUUUCUUCGGGAAUGUGGGGAACACUAGUAUGCAGCCUUCUCCUGAUUUAUUUCGCAAUGUGUUAGUGGCCGAUAAAGCUGCUCAUAUGGUCAGACAAAUCACUGAUGAUGAAAUUAAAUUAGCGAUGUUCUCUAUAGCUGGUAACAAAUCUCCUGGGCCGGAUGGGUACACUUUGGUGUUUUUCAAGAAGGCUUGGGAUAUUGUGGGCAACGAUUCAGCGUUUGUUCCUGGUAGAAGAAUUACAGAUAACAUUUUGCUGACUCAGGAGAUUAUGCAUAAUUAUCAUCGUAAUCAGGGGCCGCCUAAAUGUGCUUUUAAGGUUGAUAUUCAAAAGGCUUAUAACACAGUUGAUUGGAAGUUCCUUGAACGUACACUGAUGGGGUUUGGAUUCCAUUGGAAGAUGGUUAGUUGGAUUAUGGCAUGUGUGACCUCUACAUCGUUUUAUAUUGCGAUUAAUACGAAUCUGUAUGGGUGCUUUAGAGGGAAAUGUGGUCUUCGACAAGGCGAUCCAAUGUCUCCGUAUUUGUUCACGUUAGUUAUGGAACUGUUAACGCUGAUUUUGCAAAAGCAGGUUUCGUUGUCUAAUGAUUUCAGAUUUCAACAUAAGUAUGAUAAGCAGAGAAUUAUAAAUUUGUGCUUUGUGGAUGAUUUAUUUCUGUUUGCUCUGGGUGAUCACAAGUCAGCUAGAGUCAUUAUUGACGCCAUUAAUGAUUUUAAGAAUGUGACACUCUGGGAUUUCCCCGAGCAUUAUCUUGUAUGCCCUGGUGUAUAUAUAUUGAUUAUUAAAUGA